AUGAUCGCGACGCAGGCAAAGCUGGUCUACCAGCUCAACAAAUAUUACAGCGAGAGAUGCCAAACUCGAAAAGCGGCCAUUGCAAAGACUAUCCGGGAGGUGUGUAAGGUGGUUUCGGACGUCCUGAAGGAGGUCGAGGUGCAGGAACCCCGGUUCAUCUCCUCUCUCAGCGAGAUAGAGGCGCGCUUCGAGGGGAUGGAGGUCAUAGCCCCCAACGAGUUCGAGGUGGUCCUCUACCUCAACCAGAUGGGAGUGUUCAACUUUGUUGACGACGGUUCUCUGCCUGGCUGCGCCGUACUGAAGCUGAGCGACGGCCGCAAAAGGAGCAUGUCUCUCUGGGUCGAGUUCAUCACCGCCUCGGGCUACCUUUCCGCCCGGAAGAUCCGCUCAAGGUUUCAGACUCUGGUGGCGCAAGCGGUGGAUAAGUGUAGCUACCGUGACGUGGUUAAAAUGGUAGCAGACACCAGUGAGGUAAAACUAAGGAUCCGGGAGAGAUACGUGGUUCAGAUCACCCCUGCAUUCAAGUGCACAGGGAUCUGGCCUAGGAGCGCUGCCCAGUGGCCCAUGCCCCAUAUCCCCUGGCCUGGUCCUAACAGGGUGGCCGAGGUCAAGGCCGAGGGCUUUAACCUGCUCUCCAAAGAGUGCUACUCGUUGACCGGGAAACAGAGCUCGGCUGAGAGCGACGCCUGGGUCUUGCAGUUCAGCGAGGCCGAGAAUAGGCUCCUGAUGGCGGGAUGCAGGAAGAGAUGCCUGUCGGUCCUGAAGACUCUCCGUGACCGUCAUCUCGAGCUACCCGGUCAGCCGCUCCAGAGCUAUCACAUGAAGACCCUGCUGCUGUACGAGUGCGAGAAACACCCGAGAGAGACCGACUGGGACGAGUCCUGCCUCGGGGACCGAAUCAACGGAAUUCUGCUGCAGCUCAUCUCUUGUUUGCAGUGCCGCAGAUGCCCCCAUUAUUUCUUACCAAAUUUGGACCUGUUUCAGGGGAAGCCCCACUCGGCCCUGGAAGCUGCCGCAAAGCAGACGUGGAGACUGGCGAGGGAAAUCCUCACUAAUGCGAAAAGUUUGGACAAAUUAUAA